AUUCACCAAAAUGAUUCAAGCAGCAAAGAUUCUCGAACAGAGGAGUCACCUCAUACCUGGCAAGCUCCGGGUCACCGAGCACUUCUUCCAGGUACCCCGUGACUACUCCAACCCCUCUGCGGGAACAAUCCAACUGUUCGCGCGCUCAGCGCUUAAAGUGGAGAAACCGGCAGAUUACGUUCCUUCUAUUUAUCUGGAUCGCUCGAAGAAGCAGAUACCAUGGCUCAUCUACCUUCAAGGCGGACCUGGUUUUGAAUGCCGUCCACCACAGAAUGUAUCCUGGACCAACGCUAUCCUCGAUAAAGGCUAUCAAGUGCUUUUGUUAGACCAACGCGGGACGGGUCUGUCAAACGCAAUCAGCCAGUCCAGUCUCCAGUUAAGAGGCGAUGAGAAGGUUCAAGCUGAAUACAUGAAGAGCUUCAGAGCCGAUAGCAUAGUCAAGGAUUGUGAGGCAGUGCGCAAAGCGUUGACUGCUGAUUACCCCGAAGAGAAGAAGAAGUGGAGUAUCAUGGGACAGAGCUUUGGAGGGUUUUGCUGUGCCACAUAUCUAUCUUUCUACCCCGAAGGAGUCAAAGAAGCUUUCCUUUUUGGUGGUCUACCGCCUCUAAGAGAUGGGCCCGAUGAUGUAUACGAACGACUGUAUGCACGCGUUAAGAGUAGGAACGAGGGCUACUACAAAAAGUAUCCUGAAGAUAUUGAGCGAGUCAAACGUAUUGUCAAACUUCUCUCACGCUUUGGCGACACAACCGUCCGUGUGCAAGGUGGCGAAGGCUUUCUCUCGGCUCGUCGGUUCUUGCAACUUGGAAUCUACUUUGGCAAGCACGGUGGCUUCGACGAUGUACACGACUUUGUUCUACGUGCUGACACCGAUUUGAAUCAAUUCGGGCAUUUGACGCGCCCUACUGUUCUCGCGCUGGAAGCAGCACAGAGUUGGGAUACAAACGUCAUCUACGCACUGCUUCACGAGCCAAUAUACUGCCAAGGUACCGCAGCAAACUGGUCCGCUGAACGACUUCUCCCCAAGUACCCAGAGUUCUCGCUCUCCCGUGUUGACAGCGACGAUCCCGUCUUCUUCACAGGCGAAAUGAUCUACCCUUUCAUGUUUGACUGCUACCCAGAGCUUGCCAAGCUCAAGACAGUCGGUAUGCUCCUGGCUGAAGAAAAAGACUGGCCGGAACUCUACGACGUGGACCAGUUGAAGAAGAAUGAGGUACCGGUCUAUGCGGCCGUUUACACUGAUGACAUGUAUGUGGACUUUGAUCUAAGUGUGGAGACGGCCAACACGAUCAAGGGAUGCAAGAUGUUUGUCACGAAUAUGAUGUAUCACAACGGCAUCAGUGCCAAGACGGAUGAGGUGUUGAAGCAGAUAUUCACUCUGAGGGAUGAUGUUAUCGACUGA